CGUAUUAUAUUUUAUUCACGUUCACACAGUUUGCCUUCUGUUAACACUUGUAACUUAAUUCCAAAUACAUUUAUUAAAUUUAUUAAAUUAUUUCCCACCAUGGCUCUUCUGCGCCCCGUUGAUAAUAAGACAAUUCCGUCUUACAUGAUGUAUGUCAAUGGCGGCCUGGCCGGGAUGAUGGCAACGUGCAUUGUGCAACCGCUGGACUUGGUCAAGGUCAGGAUGCAGCUCGCUGUGGGGGAGCACAAGAACACCGUCGAUUGCUUUACGCGGGUGAUAAAGGCCGAGGGAUUCACGGCCCUGUACAGCGGCCUGACGGCAAGUCUGAUGCGACAAGCGACAUACACCACUGCUCGAAUGGGGUUCUACCAGAUGGAAGUGGAGAAGUACAAGAAGAGGUACGCCCAAGCGCCAACCGUCUGGGCCAGCAUGGGCAUGGGAAUGAUGGCCGGGGCUAUUGGGGCCAUAAUCGGAAAUCCGGCGGAGGUGGCGCUCAUUCGCAUGAUGGCUGACAACCGUUUGCCGCCGGCAGAGAGGCGCAACUACAAGAACGUGGUCGAUGCCUUCGUGCGGAUCGUCGGGGAAGAGGGCGUACUCAAUCUCUGGCGAGGCUGCACGCCCACCAUAGGCCGAGCCAUGAUCGUCAACAUGGUUCAACUGGCGUCGUAUUCACAGCUUAAGGCAGCCUUUGCUCCGCAUGUGCCCGAUGGUAUCCCGCUUCACAUCUGCUCCGCCAUGUGUUCCGGCCUGUUGACCACAAUUACCUCCCUGCCCCUGGACAUAGCCAAGACACGUAUACAGGAGCAGAAGACCCUUAAAUACAGUGGCACCAUUGACGUCCUGGUUAAGGUGACCACGCAGGAGGGUCUCCUGUCCUUAUGGAAGGGAUUUACUCCAUAUCUGUGUCGCCUUGGUCCGCACACAGUCUUCUCCUUCAUCUUCCUGGAGCAGCUGGCGAGGGCCUAUAAAAAAUUUGUACUGGGCGACGACUCCGGCUCAUCUAUCUGAUACUUUGAAACAAACAUUUUUGUUUUGAAUCAAAUAAAUUUA